UAUCCUGGUGUGAGCGCCUGAUCUCGCGAGACCUUCUGUUACAUACCGAGAACGCCACAUUACAGUGUAGGACGGAGAGAAGGAAGAUGGCGGCGCAGGAGACCGAAGCGACACAGCAGUCCACCGUAAGCAACGGCGAGGUAAACAGUAAUGGCGCGGCUGCUUCUGGCCAGGUUGCACAGACGGGUGCGACUGCACAGGACCCACAGCAACAGCAACAGCAGCAGCAGCAGCCUAACGCCUGGCAAGUCAUUAAGGGCGUCCUUUUCAGGAUCUUCAUUAUAUGGGCCAUUAGCAGCUGGUUUCGCAGAGGACCAUCGACCCCUGACCCCAGCACCCCAGCAGGUGCUCCCCGGGUGCCCAGCCGCAACCUCUUCCCAAAGGACACCCUUAUGGAUCUUUAUGUGUAUAUAUCUGAAAACGAGACAUUUUCAGAAUUCAACAGCUCAGAAGCACAGUUUUGGUUCCAGCAGGAUCUGAUCUACGGAGACUGGUCCACAGGAGAAGCCGGGGACGGCUGUUAUGAGCAUUACUUGGAACUGGACACACCUGAGAGUGUGCAGCAGAACGGCUCGUUAUACAUCCACGUGUACUUAACCAAGAGCGGCUUCCAUCCAGAUCCGAAACGCAAAGGCCAGUAUCGCAGGCUGGCCACUGUCCAUGCUUCACGAAUGUUAAACAAGUUCAAGCGUCGGAAGUUUCUGAAGACGAAGAACCUGCUGACGGGAGAGACAGAAGCUGAUCCUGAGAUGAUUAAGCGGGCAGAAAGUCAUGGUCCAGUAGAAAUCAUAUCUCACUGGCAUCCAAACCUUACUAUCAACAUGGUGGAUGAUCACACAGCGUGGGUGAAAGGCUCGGUGCCCCCGCCCCUCGAUCAGCAUGUAAAAUUUGAUGCAGUGAGCGGUGACUAUUACCCCAUCGUUUACUUUAACGAUUACUGGAACCUGCAGAAAGACUACUACCCCAUAAACGAGACUCUAAAGAAGCUGCCCCUGCGUCUCACCUACUGCCCGCUCUCUCUGUGGCGCUGGCAACUGUAUGCGGCUCAGAACGCCCGCUCGCCGUGGAACUUCCUGAGCGACGACACGUACGAGCAAUCCGACGAGGAUCAGGACUCUGUUAAGGUGGCACUGCUGGAGACUAAUCCCUACCUACUGGGGCUGACCAUCGUCGUCUCGAUCGUGCACAGCAUCUUUGAGUUCUUGGCAUUUAAGAAUGAUAUCCAGUUCUGGAACAGUCGUCAGUCUUUGGAGGGGCUGUCUGUGCGCUCAAUCAUAUUUGGCGUCUUCCAGUCCCUGGUGGUGCUCCUCUACAUCCUGGACAACGAGACCAACUUUGUUGUGCAGGUCAGCGUCUUCAUCGGGCUGCUCAUCGAUUUCUGGAAGAUCACCAAAGUCAUGGAUGUCAAGUUGGACCGAGAGAACAAGAUUGCAGGAGUACUUCCACGAUUGGUAUUCAAAGACAAGUCCACAUAUGUUCAAUCUUCAACUAAAAUCUAUGAUGAUAUGGCUUUUAAGUACCUGUCCUGGCUCCUGUACCCGCUCUUCGGGUGCUAUGCUAUUUACAGCUUAAUCUAUGUAGAGCACAAAGGCUGGUACUCGUGGGUGCUCAGCAUGCUCUAUGGAUUCUUGUUAACAUUCGGUUUCAUCACAAUGACGCCGCAGCUCUUCAUCAACUACAAGAUGAAGUCCGUGGCACAUCUUCCAUGGAGGAUGCUCACGUAUAAGGCACUAAACACCUUCAUAGAUGACCUGUUUGCCUUCGUGAUCAAAAUGCCCAUGAUGUACAGAAUAGGUUGUCUUCGAGAUGAUGUCGUGUUUUUCAUCUACCUGUACCAGAGGUGGAUCUACAGAGUGGAUCCCAACCGCGUCAAUGAGUUUGGCACGAGUGGAUUGGAGCAAAAGAAAGAAAAUUCAGAUCAGGCAUCCCCAGGGGAGACGGACGCCGCUAACGCAGCAGCCAUCACAGAUAAACCAGAGGAGGAGAAGAAAAAGGAUUAAUGUUGAUUUUUUUUUCCACUCUCCUGUCUACCGAAGGUGUCUUGGACAUCUUCAGAGCUGAGUUUAUGUCUAAUCGUCAGGAAAGUGAACUGGAAUAUCGGUAUUCUAUAAAGGACACUGCGUGAGAAUUUCAGUUCAUCUUUCCUGUUUUUUUUUGUUUGUUUGUUUUUUUUUUUUGGGUUUUUUUGUAUGAGAUCUGCAACAGAAAAAAAAAAAAAUCUCAUUUAAUGUAGAAUUCCUUUCAAUUUCUCACAUUCUGCAGUUAAGGUGAAGUAAAUGUGAUGUACUGUAUUGUAUAUUUUUGCGCUGGUUAACACUACCAUUAUGAAGAUUAAUAAGCAAGUCCAAUUAGUGCAGAUGGGCUUUUUGCAGUACAUAUUGUAACGUAUAAGGAGAAGACAAAAAAAGAAGCCAAGUGCAAGCUCUUUUAGUCCCCUCUCCCUGUGGAUUCCUUGUCAUUUUCUUUGCUCAUUCCAUGCGUCAGUGCUGUGUACCAGGGUAGGGCUGAGUAGUCAGAAAGGAAGCGGCACAAUUUUUUUUUUCAAAGCUGCUAAAGCUGUAUCCUACUCAAUGGAUAGAGACUGUGAAAUUUUUUUUUUUUUUUUUUUUUAGGGCUUGAAAGCUCGGGAAAACAAAAAUUGCAGCCGUGUAGGUAUUAAAGUAAUUGUUAACAUUAUUAAUACGUUUAAGAAUAACGCUGAUUUAUCACUUUUUUUUUUUUUUCUUCAGCCGUCAGUUUUCUUUUGUAUUAGUUCUAAGCCUGUACGGUCAGCUUGUGAAAUCUAAUUGUGCUGAUGUCAAACUAUCACAGAGACUUUGGUCUUCUGCCUGAGCAAGUCAGAUUAUUGAUCGAUUAUUUUUCUUUUACAUUCACACACUCCAACGCAGGACCACUGCAUUCGCAGGCAUUGACGCGUGCAAGACGACACGGGUGGCGUAAUCUGAAAGUUUUUGGGACGAAAUGGAUUCAUUGUCUUGCUUUUUUUCCCCCACUCCUUUUUCCAGGAUUGCAAUUGUUGGCCUUUUAUUUUGGUACAUUAAAGAUUGAUCAUUCGUGUUUUUAGUAAAGCCUAAGUGCAGUUUAAAGAUGA